CCAGUGCCAGGUUUUUUUAUAGUUAUGGUACCCUUGAUUGUUAUAUUUACAAUGGGACUCGUACUUGUGGGAGAUUACAAGAUGGAGAGUAGAAGAAUAAUGGCUACACCAAUGUGGUUCAAAGAAAAAGUUCGUGAUGAAAGCUACUGGACAAAUAUCAAAUCUUGUAUCUCUAGCAAAGGCCUUUGCGAUGACAUGGCAUAUAGAUCAACGUCACAAAGCAUUUGAUUUCAGUACAAGAAAAUUAUCAUCAUUGAGUCUGGAUGCUGCAAACCACCAAAUUCAUGUCAAAUGGAGUAUGUAAAUGCAACAUAUUGGACGAAGGCCGACAAGAUUGGGGACAUGGAGGAAAAAGCUCAAGUAUAUUAUAGGGACUGUGAUUUAUGGAAUAAUAGCAGAACCACCCUAUGUUAUGACUGUGAAUCUUGCAAAGGAGGGUUUGUUGAAAUGCUUGAAAGCAAAUGGUGGAGAUUAGGUGUCUUCCUCAUUUUAAUGGCCUUGCUUCUCAUCCUUACUCAUAUGCUAUUAUUCAUUGCUGUAAUGUGGGGGCACUACAAUGGAUCAUAGAAAAAGAAAUACACUUUAGACCUUAAAGAGCAUAAAUAGGUUGAUUAACUUUGUUAGGAGAAGGUGUAUUUGUACCCCUAAUAUCUACUCUGUAGAAUACAUUUGCCCUUAAGUACAUUAUCAUGUAAAAUGUCUUUUUCUUGUUAUUUUGGCCCCCAUAUUCAUUUGUGUUGCGUUAUUUUACUUUACUUCUUAUUUUUGUUUUCUCUUUCCAUUUAAAUUUUACAAGCUUAAAAAUAUUCAAUUUAUAAUUUUUUUCUUACAACUUUCUUCUAAUUAUGGACAAAUUCACACACACA